CGCAGGGAUUGCCGGGAAAUGUAGUCCCACUGGGCGGCCUGGGGCGGUGGCCGCACGACCCACGGAGCCGACGGCGGAGCGGGCGUGGACCCUGGAUGGCUGGGCCGGGUGGCUCGGGGGUCCCGAUUGGGGCUGGGACCCUGGUAGGCGGCGCGCGGUCCAAGGUGGCCCCAAGCGUGGACUUUGACCACAGCUGCUCGGACAGCGUGGAGUACCUAACGCUCAACUUUGGGCCCUUCGAGACUGUCCAUCGCUGGCGGCGCCUCCCGCCUUGCGACGAGUUCGUGGGCGCUCGGCGAAGCAAGCACACGGUGGUGGCUUAUAAAGAUGCCAUCUACGUGUUUGGAGGAGACAAUGGGAAGACAAUGCUCAAUGACCUCCUGCGCUUUGACGUGAAGGACUGUUCCUGGUGCAGGGCCUUCACAACUGGGACCCCGCCAGCACCCCGCUACCACCACUCAGCUGUGGUCUACGGGAGCAGCAUGUUCGUCUUUGGGGGCUACACUGGGGACAUUUAUUCGAAUUCUAACUUGAAGAAUAAAAACGAUCUCUUUGAGUACAAGUUUGCAACUGGCCAGUGGACCGAGUGGAAGAUCGAAGGGCGGUUGCCAGUCGCUAGGUCUGCUCAUGGCGCCACAGUGUACAAUGAAAAGCUCUGGAUCUUCGCUGGCUAUGAUGGCAAUGCCAGGUUGAAUGACAUGUGGACGAUUGGCCUCCAGGAUCGGGAGCUCACAUGCUGGGAGGAGGUGGCCCAGAUCGGCGAGAUCCCGCCCUCCUGCUGCAACUUCCCCGUGGCCGUGUGCCAAGACAAGAUGUUCGUGUUUUCCGGCCAGAGUGGAGCCAAGAUCACCAACAACCUCUUCCAGUUUGAAUUCAAAGACAAGACGUGGACACGCAUCCCCACUGAGCACCUGCUCCGGGGCUCCCCACCACCCCCACAGCGGCGCUAUGGGCACACCAUGGUGGCUUUUGACCGCCACCUCUACGUUUUCGGGGGUGCAGCCGACAACACACUGCCCAAUGAGCUGCACUGCUACGACGUGGACUUCCAGACCUGGGAGGUUGUUCAGCCCAGCUCUGACAGCGAGGUUGGUGGGGUGGAGGUGCCAGAGCGAGCAUCUGCUUCUGAGGAGGUGCCUGCCCUGGCCGCCGAGGAGCGGAGUGGCUUCAAGAAGUCCCGAGAUGUGUUUGGCCUGGACUUCAGCCCCACAACAGCCAAGCAGCCAGCCCAGCCAGCCUCAGAGCUGCCCAGCGGGAGGCUCUUCCACGCAGCUGCUGUAAUCUCGGACGCCAUGUACAUCUUCGGAGGCACCAUGGACAACAACAUCCGCAGCGGGGAGAUGUACAGGUUCCAGUUUUCCUGUUACCCCAAGUGCACGCUACAUGAGGAUUACGGGCGGCUGUGGGAGAGCCGCCAGUUCUGUGAUGUGGAGUUUGUGCUGGGCGAGAAGGAGGAGUGUGUGCAGGGCCACGUGGCCAUUGUCACAGCACGGAGCCGCUGGCUGCGCAGGAAGAUUUUGCAGGCACGGGAGCGGCUGGCCCAGAAGCUGGAGGAAGAAGCGUCCUCGGCCCCCAGGGAGGCCACUGGUGGGGCUGUGGGUGGUGCCCGGCCACCCCUGCUGCCUGUGGCCAUCCGUGAGGCUGAGGCCCGGCCCUUUGAGGUGCUCAUGCAGUUCCUCUACACGGACAAGAUUCGAUACCCGCGGAAAGGCCACGUGGAGGACGUGCUGCUCAUCAUGGACGUGUACAAGCUGGCGCUGAGCUUCCAGCUGUGCCGCCUUGAGCAGCUGUGUCGGCAAUACAUCGAGGCCUCUGUAGACCUGCAGAACGUGCUGGUUGUGUGUGAGAGCGCUGCCAGGCUGCAGCUGGGCCAGCUCAAGGAGCACUGCCUGAACUUUGUGGUGAAGGAGUCCCACUUCAACCAAGUGAUCAUGAUGAAGGAGUUUGAGCGUCUCUCGUCACCUCUCAUUGUGGAGAUCGUGCGGCGGAAGCAGCAGCCGCCCCCUCGCGCCCCUUCAGACCAGCCUGUGGACAUCGGCACAUCUCUGAUCCAGGACAUGAAGGCGUACCUGGAGGGGGCAGGUGCGGAGUUCUGUGACAUCACGUUGCUACUGGACGGACACCCACGGCCAGCUCACAAGGCCAUCCUAGCUGCCCGCUCCAGCUACUUUGAGGCCAUGUUCCGCUCCUUCAUGCCUGAGGAUGGGCAGGUGAACAUCUCCAUUGGGGAGAUGGUCCCCAGCCGGCAGGCCUUUGAGUCCAUGCUGCGCUACAUCUACUAUGGCGAGGUCAACAUGCCACCUGAGGACUCACUCUAUCUGUUUGCUGCUCCCUAUUACUACGGAUUCUACAACAACCGGCUGCAGGCCUACUGCAAGCAGAACCUGGAGAUGAAUGUGACGGUGCAGAACGUGCUGCAGAUCCUGGAAGCAGCUGAUAAGACACAGGCGCUGGACAUGAAGCGGCACUGCCUGCACAUCAUUGUGCACCAGUUCACCAAGGUCUCCAAGCUGCCUACACUGCGGUCACUGAGUCAGCAGCUGCUGAUUGACAUCAUAGACUCCCUGGCCUCCCACAUCUCCGACAAGCAGUGCGCAGAGCUGGGCGCCGACAUAUGAGGACCCACGAAGUGCCCACUGCAGAGACACUGCUGGCCACAAGCAGCCCUGUGCCAGCCACGUACAGCCCUGUGCCGGCCACACGCGGCCCUGUGGUGAAUGGGUUGAGAAUGAUCAGGCAGGAUGCCCAGAACCCCAGAAGGGAGGCUCAGACACCUCAUUUUGCUUCUGAGGACACACGUCCCAGGUCACAUGCCUGGCUGCACUCUCCUGGUGUGGAGGUGUAGGUAGGAAGCUGGGGUCAGUGAUGGGGACACGGCUGGAGGAGGCAGGAUCCUGGCCAUUGCCCAGCAUGGGGAGGGACGAGCCCUCACCCUCCCAGCAGGAGCUUGCAGCCUCUGACCGUGGAAGGGAGGGCUCAGCAGAAUGCUGCAGCCCCGGGGGGUCUGUGUGCUGCCUCCCACCCUCACAGAGGUUGUGUAAGGGGCUCUCCCACCCUGAGUCUUUGAGUGGGGAUCAGCGAUGGGUGGGUGGGAUCUGACUCAAAGAGAUGAAUUUUAGGUGAUCUGGGCCUGGCUCCAGUGGGGCUGUGGGGCUGCAGUCCACGGGGCCCGCCAUGCAUCCCUCACUAAGCAUUUACUCUGUCACAAAUGCCGCAUUAAAGCCACAUAGAGCUACCACACAGCUUGCUGUGUCCAUCUCCACUUGUGCCUGCCCAGCAGCCCGGCUUGUCGGCACUCCCCACACUAGUCACAUGGUGGGGGGAGCUGUGGGAGGAAUCAGCCUGACCCCGCCCCCCCGCAGACCCUUGAGGCCCAGAGCUGCCUCGCUCCUGUGCCAGCACAGCUGGCUUCUGUGGACUGUGGGCUGGCCCCUGCCUGGCUGGGAAGUUGGAGACAGAUCCUUGCAUCCACUUGUCUUCUACAGAGGCCCUGUGAGUGCACCCUUGUGCGGUGGUACAUUCCUGCACCCUAUCUGGGAACAAGAAUCUCUGGGACCUUUCUGCCCUGGCUGCCAGGAGGUUAGAGUCCCCUUUGGGGGUGAGUUACUUUAGUCCUGGCCUUGGAGCUCGCCCCCUCCCCUGUGU